AUGAAUCUUUUUUUUCCCCAGCAGAAAGCUAAACCAAAUGCCAAAGAUGCAAUCGUUCGUCUUCGAGACACCUUGCAAAUGUUGGAAAAGCGUGAAAAUCAUUUGCAGAACAAAAUUGAUUCUGAGCUCAAAACCGCAAAGACAUAUGCGGCUACCAAUAAGAGGGCCGCAAUGAUGGCUCUCAAACGAAAGAAACAAUAUGAAAAUCAAAUCGAGAAGAUAGGUGGGGCAAGAAUCACGAUCGAAGCACAAGUGAUGGCGAUUGAAAAUGCAAAUGUUAAUUUGGAAACAAUUAGGGCUAUGGAGAAGGGUGCUGAAGCAAUGAAAGCAAUACAUGGAUCAAUGGAUAUAAAUAAAGUGGACGACACAAUGGAUUCUAUACGCGAGCAAAUGGAUUUGGCCGAUGAAAUUUCAAACGCGAUUUCUGCUCCGAUGAUCGGCAUUGAUUUAGAUGAUGAUGAAUUGAAUGCCGAGUUAGAAGAAUUAGAACAAGAAGUUCUUGACAGUCAAUUGCUCGAAGUUGAAGCUCCGCCAGUUUCUUCUAAAGUACCCAUAAAACCUAGGAUUGCUGAAGACCUUGAUGAAGAAGCGGAGUUGGAAGAAUUAAGAGCGGCCAUGGCCAUGUAG